AUGCUCUCCUGCACCGGCUCCCUCAUCUGGGGCGGUCUCCUGGCCUUGGCCGGCCUCACAGCCGCCUCCCCAGUUGCAACCGGUCCCCUCCCCAUCGCCAUCCGUCACACCCCCUCUUUCCCUUCUUCUCUCGAACAUCGCGACUAUAACACUUCCUCCCUCUCCCCUGUCGUCCCCCUCCCACAAACCAUUCAACAGGACUUGGCUACCCUCCUCUCCCCCUCCGCCCUCGUCCUCCUCCCCUCCUCCCCCUCCUUCACCCAGUACACCCACCGCUGGUCCCUCAACACGCACACCAACUCUCCCUCCUACGGCGUCAUCGUCAUCCCCGCCUCCGAGCGCGACGUCUCUCUAACCAUCCAAUACGCCAACGCCCACUCCAUCCCUUUUCUCGCUACAACUGGAACCCACGGGACCUGGCAAGGUCUGUCGCAACUGCAGGGCGGCAUGGCCAUCUGGACGCGCAACCUGACCAAGAUGGAGUUCGCUGCCGACGGACACUCCGCUACUCUCGGCGGCGGACUACGCGGUAACGACGUCAUCCCCGCGCUUUGGGCUCGAGGCAAACAGACAACCACUGGAUCCUGUCGAUGCGUCAGUCUGCUGGGGCCUGCCCUGGGCGGUGGACACGGUUGGUUGCAGGGCCAGUAUGGAUUGGGCGCUGAUCAGAUCUUGUCGGCGCGGGUGGUAUUGGCAAACGGCACGGCGGUGAAAACGUCCAACACAGAAAACAGCGAUUUGUUUUGGGCCUUGCGGGGCGCGGGCCAUAACUUUGGGGUGGUCACGGAGGUGGAGUAUAAGCUGUAUGAUGCGGUCCGGCCGGAGUGGACGUACCAGAGUUUCACGUUCACGCAGGACAGGUUGGAGGAGGUGUACAGGGUGCAUAAUACGGUGAUGAGGAACCAGAGUCCAUACGUGGUUUAUUGGAGUCUGUGGAGGUUGGUGCCCGAGGUUGAUCCUGUGAAUCCCAUCCUAGUCUCAACAGUCUACUACAACGGCCCCGUCUCCGAAGCCGCCGCCUACUUCGCCCCCUUCGCCGCUCUCUCCCCUCUCCAAACCACCCCCGUCCAAACAACCGACUACCCCGGCCUUGCCGCCGCCGCCCAAUUCCGCGUGACCGACUGGGCAUGCCAGCCCAAAGCCGGCGCCACCGUCUACGGCAUGGACGUCGACUCCUACGACGUCAAGGGGCUACGCAAGUCCUACAACGCUUUUAGGGACAUGAUGCGCGCCGAACCGGCCCUCUCCCUCUCCAUGGCUUAUCUCGAGGGGUACUCCCUACAAGCCGUACAGGCCGUUCCGUACGAGAGCACGGCGUUUGCGCUGCGCGACAGGAAGCUUUUGUAUGGGUUCCUGGUGACGUAUGAGGAGACGGAAAGAAACAAGACGUUGGAUGCGCAGGCGCAAAAGUGGGGAGAGAAGAUUAGGGAUGCGGCGUAUGGGGACAAGGUCAAGCAGAAGAGUGUGUAUGUGAAUUAUGCAAAGGGGAGUGAGAGUUUGCAGGCCAUGUAUGGGUAUGAAGGGUGGAGGCAGGAGAGGUUGAAGAUGUUGAAGAGAAAGUAUGAUCCCAAGGGGAAGUUUAGUUUCUAUGCACCUAUCAAGGCUUAG